CAGAGCUGCUGUUGGUUCUUCAGCUAGUGUGGCUAGCUUCAGCUACAUGAAUUGGAGUGCGUACUACACAUCCAUCAGCUAUGGUUUAACGUUAGAGGCUCACAAACCAACACAAACCAACAAAAUGCCACGAAUAUAAAAUAGGACUGUAGCGUUCGAGCAGCAAGGAGCUGAUUCCUUUCUUCUAAGCCGAGGUUUGACCACAUCACUGUGAAUUCGCAUAUUCAGACUUUUAGAGCUGUAAUUGGAGGCAGACUUGAACAUAAAUUAUCUGUCACUGCAGCACUUUGAGCGCCAACAGGAACAUUCAGGUCAGUCAGACAACAUCAGAAUCAUCAUGAACACCCAGAAUACAGACGUGCACACCAUCUCUCCAGAGCUGCCAGCAAUGUUUGACGGCAUGAAGCUGGCGGCGGUGGCCACGGUGCUCUACAUCAUCGUUCGCUGCUUAAACCUUAAGAGCCCUACUGCACCCCCGGACCUCACCUACCAGGACACACCUCUCAACCGCUUUCUUCUCAAGUCCUGUCCUCAGCUGACCAAAGAGUACAUUCCUCCCUUACUCUGGGGUAAAAGUGGUCAUCUCCAGACGGCGCUGUAUGGUAAACUUGGUCGGGUAAGCUCUCCUCACCCCAGUGGAGUCAGAAAGUACUUACCCAUGCAGGACGGGGCCACUGCGACCUUUGACCUCUUUGAACCAGUGGGUGACCAUCGAACAGGAGAUGACAUCACCAUGGUGAUAUGCCCUGGCAUUGGUAACCAUAGUGAGAAGCAUUACAUUCGAACCUUUGUGGAUUACGCCCAGAAGGACGGUUAUCGUUGCGCUGUGCUGAACCACCUCGGAGCUCUUCCCAACAUCGAGCUCACCUCUCCGCGCAUGUUUACCUAUGGGUGCACAUGGGAGUUUGCGGCCAUGGUGGGCUACAUUAAGCGGACGUAUCCUCAGACGCAGCUGAUGGUGGUGGGCUUCAGUCUUGGUGGAAACAUCGUCUGUAAGUUCCUGGGCGAGAACAGGACGAACCAGGAGCGAGUGCUGUGUUGCGUCAGCGUCUGUCAGGGGUACAGCGCGCUCAGGGCACAGGAAACAUUCCUGCAGUGGGACCAAUUCAGACGCUUCUACAAUUUUCUCAUGGCUGACAACAUGAAGAAAAUCAUCCUUUCACACAGGCACAGUCUGUUUGGGGGAAGCCCAGUAAAAAGGAUAGAUCUGGAUAUUGGCCGACUGUACACAGCGACGUCUCUCAUGCAGAUCGACGACAGCAUCAUGAGAAAAUUCCACGGCCACAGCUCUCUCAAAGAGUACUAUGAGAAGGAAAGCUGUGUUCAUUAUAUCCACAAUGUAAACGUGCCACUGCUGCUCGUAAACUCUGCAGACGACCCUCUGGUUCAUGACUCACUGCUCACCAUCCCUCGCACACUAGCAGCAAAGAAGCCCAACGUGAUCUUUUCCCUGACGUUACACGGAGGCCACCUGGGCUUCUUCGAGGGCGCCGUGCUCUUCCCCCAGCCGCUCACCUGGAUGGACAAAGUGAUUGUGGGCUAUGCCAACGCCAUGUGCCAGUGGGAGAAACAAAAACCACCGUGCCAAAGUGUCCCCUUGAGUGAGAGCUCCUGCGCAGAGGAAAAAUCCUAAACUUCUACCCUCUGUAUUUCUCUGAUUGUCUCUCUGCCCUCUCACUUCUCACCCUCUCCCACUGUUCCAGCACUGAGGAGACACCUGAACUAAACCUUAAACUGCUCUCUCUUGUCUGCCUUCUCUUCUGGUGCUACUCACCGCUCCCAUCCCAAACACGUCUACACGACCUCACUAAAGUCCCCCUGUGUAAUCACUAGCUACUCGCGGUAUUGAGGGAACAAAGAACUAACUGCCUUUGUUGCUUGUUUCCGUUGUGAAGACUUUGAAAAUCAGAGCAGGAACAUUUUUGUUCUCUUUAUCUACACAACAAUGACCCUUAGCUAUUGGAGGCGCAGACCAAAUAUGACAAGAGAUGAAGUCAUGCUGGCAUUAAAAAGUGAAGUGAGAGCACCACUUGAGAGUAGCCCAGUGAAACAUCAAGAGCACACGAGAAGCCUCCUUAAGCUUUUAAGGACUGUGCUGAAGUCGGUGCCCAUUUACUGAACCUGUAAGAAGCUCACUGCUUAUCACCGCCAAGGCUGUAUAGCCUAGUCUGCUGUCUUAACCAACACAGCGUCUUUUAGUGUGUAUGACUGUUUGUAUCUGACUCACAGAUGUGUGUAUGUAAGUGUGUGUGCGCCUGUGUUGACCCGAGAGUUAGAGACCCGUGACAGAGCAUGUGAUCUUUGUGUUUGGUAGGUGUGAUCCAAGUUCCCUGUUCAUGGUCUAAUGGCCCUUUAUAAUAUCUGUUUCUUUGGUUGAACCUGUUGCUCUGUUGUUUGUAGAAAAUGUAAAGUAGAAAAAGGUAAGAAUUACGGUGGAAUUUUAAACUUUAUUUCCAGCUAAUAACACCCUCUUGGCACUUGCGUUUGGCACUUGAAAUUAUUGUUCCGUUUGUGCUCGCAUACAUGACCAGGGAUCAAGCUCAAAAGGGAUCCGUGCAUAUUCCCACGGUCGCAUUUUAUCACUUUGGUUCAGUGCACUUUACCUCCUGUAUGACACAAUCUUUUUCCACUUUUUCCCCCUAAUUAGUCAAAGCGCAGGCAUGGAGAUUAUUGUCAGUUUAGCUCUUCUUUUGACUGAGAGGAAUAACUGGGAGGAGCGAGGAUGAUAACAAAAAGUUAGAUGACUCAAAUGUUCCCUGUGUUAUUUGUCUCUAAGCCCUCUUACUUUUUCAUUUGCCUUUGAUCAGCUGCAGGUCCAGCUGAGACUCUGAUAUCUUUCUCUUACUGCACAGACAUCUCUGUAAACUUUAGCCUUUUCUAGCAGAUGUUGGUUGAUGUUGAAGAUGCAACAGGCUGAUUGGCCAAUGCCACACUGUUAAAGGGAAAGUUCAGCAGAUUUUCUUUUAUAAUCUGAGCUGUGAGGUGUGAUGAGUAGGAGGGCUGAGGAUACCGACUCUUAACCAAAUGUUUAUUUCAGUGGAUUGUUUGUACUACUUGUAAUUAUAUUGGUGAUUGUUAAUUUAGAUGGUGAACACUGCACGCAAGACAUAUGAGAACUUUUUUGAUUCCAUUGAAAAGCUUCUCUUAUUUUCUUCACUGGGCUGAGCUUUGAAGCUCUUGAAAUCGUAUCUGAAAUGUGUGUUGAUUAAAACAAACAGCAAUAAUGGGACCUGUGGACUUUUCAAAACUCGAAUUUAAUUGAGAACUUGUUGUAAGGGCUUAUUGAGCUUAUUCCAAGGAAAAAUCAAGUAUUCUGAACACUGUGAAGAGACAGGCGGGUGGUGCUUGACAGCAGACCGCUGGUUUAUUUGUGUCUUAAUAAACCUGGGUUUCAUGGUAUUUGCAAAGAGUGCACUGAAAAAACUGAAUCGCAGACUUAAAUUAAAAAUAUUAUGUCAACAGAUUUCACAUAACUGAGUUAGGUUAGUUUAAAUCAAUAAUAUUAAAUUUGACCUAUUUAAACUUCAUAUCAUUGCUUUCAACUAACCUAAUACAGUUACUGGAAAUCUUAAUACUUAAUACAUUUAAUUAAAGUCAACUUUUCCAUUUUUUCAGUGAAGCUUUUGUUUAAGUUUCAGGAAGUGUAGCAUGUCGGUACAAUUUAUAUUUAAUUUUUAUGUCAGCUACCAAAUUAAUAAUUAUCCUGAGCUCAGAGUUCCUUCUUGACUCCUGAAAUAUUACUUUGGUUUAAUACAAUAACCAUCAAUCGACCACCAGGAAUCAAAUCAGUUGUUAUUUGCUUCAAGUACAAUGUUACAAAGAUAGUUUAUGGGUUCUUUUGAGAUGUAAUUGGCGUAAAUGUAAUCUCCUUUGUUGGAGAUUAUUCAGUGCAAAUACUAUGAAAUCCAGGUAUUAAUCUCACCAAUGCUGGCCUGACUAAUAUAGAAAACAGGGAUAAAGGGAUUUACCAAUCUAACUUAAUCCCUCUCAACUCAGGGUAUCUGCCAAUACUGAGCAUCAAUCCAAUACCAAUGGCCUUCUUUUCCCACUUUUGUAUACCUCACUGAGUGUAACUCAAUCAUUCCUAUGUACUGUAUGAUAAGAGGAGACCAUGGACAAUAGAAACAUUAUAUGUUAUAAAGGCAACGACUGAUCUGUAUUUAGUGUGGAUCGGUGACUUUAUGGCAGAUACCCGAUUGACUUGAAGGUUAUGGAUCCCCAAUUGUAGAUGUGUCUGAGCCGCCCCCUUCCUUCUUUACAAUCAUCACUGUUCAUGGUUGCCAUCUGUUGUUAGAGAGACCAAACUACAACUGCAAACAUCCACUCAUUCCUCUCGCAGUGACAUUAUAUUCCUGCUUCAUUCUGUCCACAGCUCUCAUUGCAAGAAAAACCAGCUGUAGUUUGGAUUUUUCUGUGUCUCGUUAGAAAAUAAUCUGGAUAUUAAUGACACCAGCACAAACCCAGUCUCAGCAGUAAGAGCCAUUUGUGUUCAAUUCAAGAGUGUUGCCUCCCGCCAGCUUUGCACAAAAAUGCAGGUUUGGAUGUACUUUUUUGUUGUGACUUAUUUGUUUUGAUUUUUGAUUGUUUUUUGUAUUUUGUAUUGUUUUUAUGACUUCUUGUGUUAUUGGCUUGUGUAAAUGCGUCAGAGCGUGAGUGAUGAUGGAACUAAAACCAAAGCUUCUUCACUUUAACAAUGAAAAGGCUAAAGAAAUAUAUAAAUAUAGUAUAUUUAAGGGAACAGUAAGGAAAAAUAAGGCAAUAAACAACCAGGAGGGAUUUAUCUAAGUGACAGGGAAACGUGUCAAAGUUUGUUAGAGCAAAAGAUGUCAUGUACAUUUCCAUGUGAAGGAUCUGAAGUGUUCUUCUACUGUUUUGAUAUGAGAACGUGCUCCUGUGUAUUGACUCAACCCCAAAACUUCAAGCAUCUUGGGUUUUUUUAGGUUGUGGGCUCAUGUUUAAUUGCUUGAAACCGAAGAAAUCAAAUAUUUAAAAAUCUCGAGUAACUGUAAAUGUGAAUGAAUCCAACAGAUGACCAUGGCUCAGUAUUUUUUAUUUGAAAUCUAUUUCAGCCCUAGUAAGUGUAUAGGAGCCCACAGUACAUUAACCUACAGUAACCAUUUUAUAGCUUUAACUUAUUAUUAAAACAUGUUGAUGCUUACUAGAAGAUGGUGAAGGGAUGUGACGACAACUAGAAGUCGGGGAAAACAUGGUUGAACUACAUGAUGUACUCUGAUAUUGAACACUGGGUCUUUUUGUUGAAAAAAAAACAGUGGUGUGUGUGUGUGGUCUGCUUAUGUGAGGAAAUAUGGUUAUGUGUUCCAAAAUAAAUUAUUUUCUCAAAAGAAAAAAAAG